AUGGACAUGCCACAUGAUAUGCCUAUGGUGAUGAAUAUGGUAAUGAAGAUGAAUUUCUACUGGGGUAAAGAUGUGACAAUUUUAUUCAAAGGAUGGCCAGACAACAACCUAGGCAUGUAUAUAUUGUCUUUGUUCUUUGUUUUCUUUAUGGCCUUUGGUGUCGAGAUUAUGUCGAUGGGUCCGAUAAUGAUGAACAAGAGGCCCAUAGCUGGUGGACUGAUUCAAGAUGGGAUUUAUUAUAGUGUUCGAAUGGUUCUUGUUUAUUUUGUUAUGCUUGCUGUUAUGUCCUUCAACAUUGGUAUUUUCAUUGUUGCUAUUUUAGGCCAUGGUUUGGGCUAUUGCUUUGUUAAAUUCCGUAAACUUGCCUCCGCUGAUUCUCCAACAGACACCACGGGAUCAAAUGCUUCUGAUCCUAAAGUUUAA